AUGUCAUGCCUCGUUUGGCUUGUGACCGGUUGCUCUCCAGGCGGCUUCGGGGAGUGUUUCGUGCACGGCAUCCUCGCUCGUGGGGAUAAAGUCAUUGCCACAGCUCGGAAUCUGGAAAAGAUCAAGCACUUUGAGAAGGCUGGAGCAGCUGUUCUUCAGCUUGAUAUCACCCACAGCCAGCAAAACAUCGAUGAUGCCAUUUCCAAGGCUAUCAGCAUCUAUGGUCGGAUCGACGUGUUGGUGAACAACGCCGCUUAUGUUGCCAUUGGGACUUGGGAAGACUUAGAAGCCGAUGACUUUCAAGCCCAAUUUGACACAAACGUCUUCGGUACUAUCAAAGUGACGCGCGCCGUCUUACCUCAUUUUCGACAACGACAUGCAGGGACAGCGGUAUUCAUCGGCUCGCUGUCCGGAUGGGUAGGACAUCCAGGUGUCGGUGCCUACGCAGGAUCGAAACAUGCUCUUGAAGGCAUUGUCGAAAGCCUUCACCACGAGACGUCCCAUCUAGGCAUCAGGACACUUCUCAUAGAGCCAGGCCGCUUCCGCACCUUACUCCUAUCCAGCCAAAACAUGAAAGCCGCCCAGACCAAAGUUGGCGACUACGCGAGGUUCAACGAAGCCCUUCUUGCGGGUCUGGCGAGAGAGGAUCAAAGACAGCCAGGAGAUCCGGUGAAAUUGGCAAAGAUCGUUGUCGACCUCGUCCGCGGGGAAGGCGUUGCUCAAGGUCGACAUGUGCCGUUCCGACUUCCCCUCGGCAUCGACUGCUUCGAUGAAGUAAAGGCCAAGUGCGAAGAGACGCUGAAAUUGCUGGAAAAUUGGAAAGACGUCAUCCGCAGUACGGAUCACGAUGAUCAGACGAAAUAA